CGGCGGUAGGCGCGCUGGGGUUGUCCCCCCGCAGGGUCCCGGUGCUGUCCCGGUGCCCGGUGCUGUCCCGCUGCUCACCGACACAGAUUCCCCCCCAUCACACUCCCCUCUUCGCCAUGAAAGUCGCCACCGUCUCCCCUUCGCCGCUGCCUGCCGGUGCCGGCGGAGCGUUAAAAGCGAUGAGGCCCGGGGAGGCCGCCCGGUGCGGGCCGGGUCCGGGAGGGAUGUCCCCUGCUGGGGGGGUGUCCCCGGGGGCGGCGGAGCAAGCGGCCGCCGCGUUGCUGUACGACAUGAAGGGCUGCUACUCCCGGCUGCGGGCUCUGGUGCCGACUCUGCCGCGACACCGCCGGGUCUCCAAGGUGGAGCUCCUGCAGCACGUUAUCGACUACAUCUGGGACCUGCAGCUGGCCCUGCAGCGUGGACCCCCCGGUGCCGCCGGGGAACCCCCCGAGGCUCCGUGCAUGCCCACUGCCGACCGGAUCCUCUGCCUCUGAGACCUCUCCGGACCCACCGCGGACGUUCCCGGGACCCCGGACACAGCGUUUCGCCC